AUGGUGCGCACACCGAGAUAUCCUGCGUCUCCUGUGCAAGAGAUUUUCUUGCCUGAGCCGGUGCCUUUCGUCCAGUUUGACCAGAGUGCGCCGUCGCCCAGCAACCCACCGGCGGCUCUGCCUGCGCCGUCGCUCUCCCAGUGUGAAGAGCAAAAAGAUCGCUACAGAGACAUCAGCAGUAUGUAUCAUCGCGGACUCGCCGGCGCCGAGCAGGUUCGGGAGGCGUACAACAGCAUGGCCAAGUGCUUCCGACGCAUCUCUGUGUUUGAGGUCAUCGAACGCGACCCGGCACUUCGCCAAGCGCAGAACUUCACUAUGGACCUGAAGCAAGCUGAAGAGGACCAGCGAUACAAGCAGUUGCAGUACGGGAGAGUGCCAAGCAUUCUGACAAAGUACCAUUUAUAG